AAGGGAAAUUGUCAAGAAAAAAGUACCUCAGGCGGUUACGUUCUUUGACGGAUUGCUUGGCGAAAGUUGGUUGCAAAGUGUUACAGUAGCUCGAAAUGCAGGGGUACAUCAACAAGCUUAUACCUACGUACUUGAUGCUGAAAAAUACGCCCCUCCUAAGUUAUUCAUAGAAAAAGCGAAAUUGCAUUGGUUAAGAGAAGAGCAUGAAGAAGCUUUGAUAACAUUAAAAAGAGGUUUAAAUAUGUAUAUCCCCGAUAAUACCAGUAGCCAAAUCAUAGCCAAUCUCAGCUUAGAUAACAAGAAAUUAUGCGCAGAAGCUCGCUUACUUAUAGCAACAUAUAAUGAUGACAUUUGUAGCGUUGAUGUUGAAGUUAAUCUUCAACAAUACAAAGACUCCUGUGAGGUUUAUAGAGAAUGGGAAAAGAGUCUUGUUUGUUUAGCUCAGUAUCAAGAUCGUAUUUUUCAAAACUAUUCAGAUGAGGACAAAGAUAGCAAAAGUGACCUGCAAUUGCACAUUGUAAAUAAUUUUGGAAGAUCACUAUAUUACGGGACAAAUUAUAUUUACCAAUCAAUGCCCAGAUUAUUGUCUAUAUGGUUUGAUUAUGGUACGAAAUUGUUUGGUUUAACGAAUCGUGACGUCAAAGAAGAAAGACGGAAUUACCUAGUAAAGCUGACCAAGCUUAUUGAUGGAUUCCUAACAAGACUGCCAUCGUUUGUAUUUUUGACAUCAUUUUCACAAAUUAUUUCGAGAAUAUCUCAUCCUCAAAAAGAGGUCUAUUUGGAGCUAAAAAAUAUAAUUAUAAAACUUUUGGAACAUUAUCCUCAGCAAUGUUUAUGGAUGAUUAGCUCAGUAAUAAAGUCAAGUUAUCCAAUACGGGUUCAAAGAUGCUCAGAAAUUCUAAAUGAUCCUAAACUUAAGAUUCACACAAUGCCAAAACUAAUUAAGGAUUUUACCAGUUUGGCCGAAAAACUAAUCGAAUUAUGCAAUAAAGACAUUCCUCAAGAUGUUAAAAACAUUAAUGUCAGUAUGUUAGUUAGAUCGCUUCCACGAAUGCUAAAUAAAGGAGAUUUCAGCGAAAUAAUGAUGCCUACUCAUAAAUUUAGAAAAUUAAUAUUGCCCAACCCCGACUUUAAGAACUCACAACACAACCCCUUUCCAAAUCGAUACGUUUAUAUCGCCGGCAUUGAGGAAGAAAUGUCAAUUUUAAACAGUUUGCAGAGACCGAGGAAGAUUAACCUAAGAGGAUCCCAUGGAAAAGUUAAAAUUAAAUUUUUUUUUUUUUUUUUAAAAUACACCUUUAUGUUGAAGCCUAAAGAUGAUUUAAGAAAAGAUUUUCGUUUAAUGGAAUUUAACGAUAUAGUAAACCAUUUGCUACUCUGCGAUCCUGAAGCCAGACAACGCAGACUGAAUAUAAGACUGUAUUCUGUUGCGCCGCUAAACGAGGAAUGUGGUCUAAUUGAAUGGGUGCCCAAUUUACUCGGCUUAAGACCAGUUCUGUUGAAUUUGUAUCAACAAAGAGGUUUGGGAAUGAAAGCAAGAGAAAUUAAAGAAGCGUGCUGUAGUGUUAAAGAUCCUUUAUCAAAAAAGAGGGAUGUCUUUGUCAAUACCUUGCUUAAAAAACAUCCGCCAGUUUUGGGUGAUUGGUUUAGGAAACAUUUUCCAGAUGCGCAGAGUUGGUUAACAGCAAGAACUGCGUAUAUAAGAACAACAGCUGUUAUUUCUAUAACAGGUUAUAUAUUAGGAUUGGGUGACAGACAUGGCGAGAAUAUACUGCUGGAUUCCACAUGUGGUGAUGUAGUUCAUGAUUUUAACUAUAUCUUUAAUAAAAUUAUACUAUUAUAUUUAAAUUUGAUUUUAUUGUAA